ACUCGUACAGGCUACAAAUACUAAAAUUCCAACCUGUGGAGGUAGUUAAUUUCUGUGAUACUACUCCUCAGCAACUUAUCCAAACAUGACCUGACCAGGCUACAAUUUACUUGUCAGUUGUCAUGAUCAUCAAUCUAUCAGUUACAUUAAUGCAUAAAACCAGACUAACACCAAGAGAUGAUUCCUAUUUCCCUUUCUUCUCCAGCUGUAACUACGUCAUUGUCUUUGUCCCACCAUUUAAACCCAGUUCAAGGUCUAGAUAAAUGCUCUUCCAUGGCGGAACUCAAGCAGUUUCAUUCCCAAAUCAUCCGCCUUGGCCUUUCAUCCGACAACAAUAUCAUGGGAAGAGGUAUUAAGUUUUGUGCAUUAUCAGAUCAUGGUGAUUUGAGCUAUGCCCACAAACUGUUCGAUAAAAUUUCUCACCCAGAUACUUUCAUUUACAACACUCUAAUUAGGGGAUACUUACAGUGUUAUUUGGCGAGAGAAUGCUUGAUUUUAUAUCUGAGAAUGUUGCAUCAUUCUGUUUUGCCCAACAGCUUUACAUUCCCUUCUCUUGUUAGAGCUUGUUGCAUUGAUAAUUGGGUUGAGCAAGGCUUGCAAAUUCAUGCUUAUGCUAUAAAAUUUGGCUUUUUAGAUGAUGGGAUUUGCCAGAAUAAUUUGGUUUAUAUGUAUGUGAGUUUUGGCUGCAUGGAGGAAGCUCGUCGAGUUUUUGAUAAGAUGCCACAAAGAGAUGCUGUUUCUUGGACUACCUUGAUUAGUGGGUAUUCUCGAUUGGGUCUUGUAAAGGAUGCUAGUGAGGUUUUUAGGACAAUGCCUAACAGAAACUCUGCUGCUUGGAGCUCAAUGAUUGCAACAUAUGUGCAGCACAACCUUUUCAAUGAAGCGUUUGCUUUGUUCAAUGAGAUGCGGACCAAAAACAUAGAAUUGGAUACUUAUGUCAUAGCUAGUAUGUUAUCUGCUUGUUCAAAGUUAGGAGCUUUGGAGCAAGGAGAGUGGAUACAUGGAUACAUCAAGAGGAAUGAAAUAGAGAUGGACACAAAACUUGCAACGACAGUUAUCGAUUGGUAUUGCAAGUGUGGAUGCUUGGAAAAGGCUUUCGAAGUUUUUGAUGGGUUGCAAUCUAAGGGGAUUUCGACAUGGAACUGCAUGAUUGGCGGAUUUGCAAUGCACGGAAGAGGAGAGGCUGCUAUAGAGCUUUUCAAGGCUAUGGAGAGAGGGGGGGUUGCAUCUGAUAGCAUCACUUUCUUGAAUGUUCUCAAUGCUUGUGCUCAUUCAGGGUUGGUUGAAACAGGACGUUAUUACUUCAAGCAUAUGAGUCGAGUCCAUGGACUUAAACCAAGAGUGGAGCAUUUCGGGUGCUUGGUUGAUUUAUUAGGUAGAGUAGGACUGCUAGACGAGGCCACAAAGGUCGUUGAAGAAGAAAUGCCCAUGGAAGCUGAUGCAAGGGUGUUGGGUGCUCUUGUUGGUGCCUGUAAAAUUCAUGGAAACAUCGAGCUAGGAGUGAAAUUCGGAAAGAGAUUAAUCGAGUUAGAUCCUUAUAACAGUGGCCGGUAUGUUCUGUUAGCUAACCUCUAUGCGUCCGCAGGCAAAUGGGAAGAAGUUGCAAACAUUAGAAAGUUAAUGAACGAUAGAGGAGUGAAGAAAACUCCUGGUAUUUCAGUUAUCGAAAUGGAGGGCAUUGUUAGUGAAUUCGUUGCUGGAGGAAGAGCUCAUCCCGAAAGUAACGAAAUUUAUUGCAAGCUCGAUGAGAUGUUAGAUAGAAUAAGAUGUCUUGGAUACGUGCCUGACACAGACGAGGUGUUACAAGACAUUGUCGAGGAGGAAAAAGAAAAUCCGUUGAACUAUCAUAGUGAAAAGCUUGCGAUUGCGUAUGGGCUUUUAAAGGCCAAACCGGGGCAAACCAUUCGAAUAUCGAAGAAUUUGAGAGUGUGUAGAGAUUGUCACCAAGCAAGUAAACUGAUUUCGAAGGCUUUUAAUCGCAAAAUUAUUGUGAGAGAUAGGAAUCGCUUUCACCAUUUUAGGGAUGGUGAAUGCUCUUGUAAUGAUUUUUGGUAAGAGGAGGCAUACAUGGGGUGUAUAUGGACUUAGAUUUGUAUUCUAUACUGCACUUUUACAUAUUGUUUCAAGAACAAGGAUAAGGAGGGAAAGAUAGAAUGUUGAAGUGGUAGAAUUGCUCUUAUGCUACCUAAGAUUAGGCAAAGUUGUACACUUACACUACCAUAGUAGAUCGAGCGAAUCUUGGUCAUGAUACAGUUUAUUUGAUUAAAAACCUUAUUAAUAUUGAGUUGUGUAACAUAUAACACUGAAGAAUAAUAAUCUAACUGAUUUUUUCUA